GCAUAAUAUUGUUUCGCGGUCUUGCGGUGCCCUAGAGGGGAGGGGUCAAGCCGCUAAGGGUGAUGAAUUAAGGGAAAGCUCCUGUUGAUAUGCAUCUAUAAGUGUCGUCGUUUCCAUAUACACAUAUAGUCACAUCGCAUAUAUGGUACGUAUUCAACGUACAUGCGUAUGUUUAGAUAUUCUAUCCGCACUUACCAGUGUUCUAAGUGAAGCUACUGUCAGAUAAUUAUUCACUAGUUACACUGAAAGAUAUUUAACUAUAUCUGCUAUCUUGGAUCUCGCUUAGACAGUGUUCAGGACAGAAAAAACUACAUAAAUAUAGACUUUAUUAACUAGUAUCGCCUAGUUAAUUUGUAACUUUUUUGUUUGGUUUCAUACAUUGCACCCGGUACCGCAAUUACACCCAACGCCACACUUUGCACAUUCAAGAUGGCCUCCGCAGCUUUGAUGUUUCGAGGAAUGGCUCGUUCUCGCACUGUACACUACGUGCGUACGUACAAUGUGGCACACCCGCUGCAGUACUCAACAUCCACCACCCGUCCUGACAAAACUGGAUACGGGUUUUCGGUGAUCAAGGGAGAGGGCUACAAUAUAGGCAAUCGUCCUCAGCUGAAACCACAGGACAAUAGUUCGGGUACUGUUGAUUUGGCCAAGCACAAGGCCACUACUUGGCCAAGAGAGGACACUAUCGCCGCAUUCAAAGACCACGCGCUGUUCUCAUGGGGUUCGCAGGAGGGAAGCAUGGCCACGGCUGUGCAUGUGAAGGAAACGAAGGGUGUGUGGUGGUACGAUCAUGACGGACGGGACUACAUUGACUGGGGAUCGGGGGCUGUGUGCUCAAACCUAGGGCACACCAUGCCUCAGCCCAUUAAAGACGCCAUCAACGCGCAGAUUGACACCGUUCCCUUUGUGUACGGUGACACGGGUCUGGUAGACGUGCGUGCGCGUUUGAGUGCGUUGUUGGCUGAGCUUUGUCCGGCGGAUCUGAAUGGAUUCCUGUACGCCAGCAGUGGUGCGGAAGCGAACGAGGGAGCUAUUCGGUUGGCACGCUCAUACACGGGGAGGAACAAAAUCAUGAGCCGUUACCGAUCAUACCACGGAGGUACUACUUCUACACUCAACCUCACGGGUGACCCUAGAAAGUGGGUGACUGACCCCUUCUCCGUAGGGUUUGUGAAGAUGUUGGACCCCUGUCCUUAUAAUUUUGAGUGGGACGCCAAUCCGCAGGCCGCUGCUGAAAAAUGCCUGGAUGCUCUGCACGAACAGAUCCUCGCAGAAGGGUCGAACACCAUCGCAGCCAUCCACGUGGAGUCCAUUACCGGGUCCAACGGAUGGCUCAUGCCGCACCCUACCUACAUGCAAGGUGUGCGUGCGCUGUGCGAUCAGUACGGUAUCCUCAUGGUAAUCGAUGAGGUCAUGACCGGUUUCGGACGCACAGGCACUAUGUUCGGCUACCAGCACUUUGAAGGGGUUGUUCCGGAUAUGUUCACCUUUGCGAAGGGCUCCACGGCGGCGUAUGCACCGUUGAGUGGCAUUGGGGUUCGCCAACCCAUUCUGGACCAUUACAAGUCUAAUCCCACGGGUUAUGGGAGCACAUACUCGGCCCAUCCGUUGUCCUGUGCCGUUGCGUAUGCGACCGUAAAACACAUCUUAGACAUUGAUUUGUGUACACACGUACAGGCCAUGAGUGUGGUUAUGCAGGAAGAGAUGCAGCAGUUAGUCGAGAAGCACCCGUCUAUCAAAGCGGGGCGUGUUGUGGGGUUGGCGGGAGGGUUUGAUCUGUGCGGCAGAGACGGCAACUACAUGAUGCAGAUGCACGAGCAGACCGCGGAGAUCGGUUUGUUGAAGAACCUAUUAUUAGAACAGGGGGUGAUAGGUGUAUUCCGGGGUAACUUCGCUCAGUGCUGCCCUCCAUUGAUCAUUACUGAGGACGAAAUUCGAGAAGGGUUUAAACGAGUGGAUAGGGCUAUGACUAAGUUUGACAAUCAUUAUUUCGGAGCGGUGGAGAGUGACCCGGCACAGGCGUGCAAGUGAAUAGCAUCAAAGCAGCUGACUCAACGAUAAUCUCAGGGGCAAGUCUAUCUUUAGAAUUGACAGAUUACGCAAGACUACACAACACACACUCCAGACACAGAUAUGCCAAAUAAAUUACGAACAGUAUUAUUUAGAUCUGCGUAACAGUAAACUCAUCGUAUGUGUA